ACAGGUGACACCACCACCAAUAAAAUAAUUGGCAAAUCAUCUUGUCUUUUAACAUCAUAAGCCAAAGAGUAAUUAAAGAAAUUUGAAUUUAUCAUUGUUUAUUAUUUCUUUUCGAUUGUUUUCUAUCAUCAUGGGCGAUAAAGGACCAACAUCAACGGCUAAACUAUCAACUGAUGUGAAAGAGGCAGCUAAAAGUGAUGAAAAUGUGUCUUGGCGUGCCAAAGAAUCGCUGCCAAUCGAUAAGGUGGUUGUUCAUCCUUUGGUCCUGCUGUCAGUGGUUGAUCAUUUCAACCGUAUGGGUAAAAUUGGUAACCAGAAAAGAGUCGUAGGUAUUCUGUUAGGAGCAAUGAAGGGUAAAGGUAUUCUUGAUGUGUCAAACAGUUUUGCAGUACCUUUCGAUGAGGAUGAUAAAGAGAGAAAUGUAUGGUUUCUGGAUCAUGAUUAUCUUGAAAAUAUGUAUUCCAUGUUCAAAAAAGUCAACACGCGAGAGCAUAUUGUUGGAUGGUAUCAUACCGGACCUAAAUUAAAUCCAAACGAUAUUGAAAUAAAUGAUUUAAUCAGGAAAUACUGCCCUAAUUCUGUGCUGGUUAUAGUUGAUGCUAAACCUAAAGACUUGGGACUUCCAACAGAAGCCUAUUUCGCAGUUGAAGAGGUGCAUGAUGAUGGAACACCUACUUCCAAAACUUUUGAACAUGUUUCAAGUGAAAUUGGUGCAGAGGAAGCAGAAGAAGUUGGUGUCGAACACCUGUUACGUGAUAUCAAAGAUACCACUCUUGGUACCUUGUCUCAAAGGGUAAACAAUCAAUUACUAGGAUUAAAAGGGUUAUACACUCAACUAAAUAGUAUCAAAAAAUACCUUGAAUUGGUCGUAGAGGAUAAACUUCCUCGCAACAAUGCAAUUAUCUACCUGUUACAAGAUAUUUUCAAUCUCCUACCAGAUACCAUGAGUGAAACUUUUGUCAAAUCCGUGUAUGUAAAAACAAAUGAUCAGAUGUUGGUGGUUUAUUUGGCAUCAUUGGUACGAUCAGUUAUAGCCUUACACAAUUUAAUCAACAACAAGAUAACCAACCGGGAUGCGGAAAAGAAAGAGGGUUUAAAAGAUAAAACCGGAGAAAAACCAGCAGCAAACACCAAUAAAGCCGAAAAGGAAGAAGAAAAACCUGUGGAUUCAAAGAAAAGUCCAUAAAAAAGUUCUGAUUCAUGUACUGUAAUAAAAUCUUUUUCAGAUAUCAAGAA